AUGCCCAAGGCCAAGACGUUCCAAUGCAGGGGCCACGGCGACUGCAGGAUGGUUUUCAGCCGUUCCGAGCACCUCAUCAGGCACAUUCGCAAACACACUGGGGAGCGGCCGUUCACUUGUCAUUGCGACAAACAGUUCUCGCGGCUCGACAACCUGCGCCAGCACGCGCAGACGGUCCACGCGGACAAGGCCGAGCAGAACGAGCGCAUGAUGCGCGACUUGACAAGCCUGCACGCCUCGAUGGCCGCCGCCAGCGGGAAGCCCGCCGCCGCCGCCGCCGCCGCGGCUGUCAACGGCGGCAACCCGCGGGUGAAGCAAGAGGAAGAGCCAUUGCCGCGAUUGUACCGUCCGGAAACGGCCGCAAUGGGGUACGAGGGCUUCUCGCAGUGGCAGCAGGGGCCACCGCAGGCGGACAUGGACCGCCCGAACAGGCAGGUCGCGCUCUAUUUCCCCAGCCGCACCCUUGCCGACGUCGCUCACGCUGCCCAGGACACAACCGAGCUCCUUCUCGCCCGUCGACUCGACCGGCAGCCCACCGAGCCGAGAGCCGUCGGUCCGCGACUACCGCCCCUCCCAGCGGUCGUCUCCCCUCUCCCGCAACCCGAAUGGAUUCCCGUACAACAGCCAGCUCGACGUCCAACAAGUGCCCCGGCAGCGUACUUCCCCGCCAUCCCUCCCCCUGAUCCACACAGACCACGCACAAGAUCAAUCGCUCGUCCACUGGAAUACGACUCCUUACUUCCCUCAAUCCCACAGUUCGAUUCCCCAGCUAGAGAGUACGACUCUCCCUUCUCAUUCCACCCUCCAGCGCUCCACGAGCCGCCAGUCUCACGCAAGCGCGCCCUCUCCCCCGGAGACGACUCGGACGACGAGUACCCAGCCAGGCGACUUCCUUCAGCCAGACUCGGCACAGCUGGCGGCGGCGACGGCGCAGGCGGCGAGAGCAGACCCCAGUCUCGCAGACUCUCCGUCAUGGACCUCUGCAAUACAGACGCCGGCUCAGAUCCCCAUCGAGUCUUUCUAUUUUCGGCCACAGGAUACCCGACAAGCUCAGCAUCACGCCCGGGCACAGCAGCAGUCCUCAUCCAGGGAACAACUCAGCUCGCACUCGGUGAUCCUGGCUCAUCACCAGCCUCCGCCGCCGCUUCAUCACCAUUCCUAUCCUCAGGAGAUCGUCCGCCAGCAGCAGGCUCAACUUCGCCAGCUUCAGCGGGCCCAGCAGGUCGCCCAGGCAACUCGCACGCACGCCGAGGCCCUGACCCAUCACCGGGCUCAGCAGCAGGUCCACCGCCAUCACUACGAGGACCCGGCGGCUUCGCAUCCUUCGUACACGGACCACCCCCCUCCGCCGCCCCCGGGCCAGCCAGCGGCGUUUUACGGACCCGAGUAGGCCAUGUACGCCCGGGCGACGGACAAUCAGAGGUCUCUCCUGUCCACCCCCCCCUGUGA